CAGCAGCAGGCAAAGAUGCCUACGGUUCACCUCUUGGACUACGUGGCCGGCAACAUACGCAGUCUGGUCAAUGCCAUUGAGAAGCUGGGCUACGAGGUUGACUGGAUUCGGUCGCCCGAGGAUGUGCCCAAGGCAGAGAAACUCAUUCUGCCCGGCGUCGGCCACUUCGGCCACUGCCUCACUCAGCUCUCACAGGCAAACUACUUGCCCGCGAUAAAAAAGCACAUCGAGGAGGGCAAGCCGUUCAUGGGUAUCUGCGUUGGCCUCCAAGCUCUGUUUGAGGGAUCGGAAGAAGACCCUGAGGUUCCCGGUCUCGGCCUGAUACCCUCUUCUCUCACACGGUUUGAUGACCAGGACAAGUCGGUGCCGCACAUCGGGUGGAACGACGCCAACACGGGAGGAAAGGUCAUGUACGACCUGAGGCCGGACUCCAAAUACUACUACGUCCACACCUACAAGUCCCCCUACAGCAAAGGCGAGCUCGAAGCCAAGGGCUGGACAGUGGCGACAGGCACCUACGGAGAGGAGACGUUUGUCGGCGCCAUUGCAAAGGGCAACAUCUACGCCACCCAGUUCCACCCGGAAAAGUCGGGCGUCGCUGGUCUUCGGACGAUCCGGGCCUUCUUGACCGGCUCCGGCGCGCAAGACCUCGGCACCGACCUCCGCCCCUCCGGCGUGCCGGCCUCGAUCGAGUUCAAGGACGGCCUCACCCGCCGCGUCAUCGCCUGCCUCGACGUGCGGACCAACGACCAGGGCGACCUCGUCGUCACAAAGGGCGACCAGUACGACGUCCGCGAAAAGGGCGCCGACCGCAACGUCCGCAACCUGGGCAAGCCCGUCGAGAUGGCCAAGAAGUACUACGAGUCCGGCGCGGACGAGGUCACCUUCCUCAACAUCACCUCCUUCCGCGACUGCCCGCUCGCCGACCUGCCCAUGCUCGAGGUCCUGCGGCAGACGUCCCUGACCGUCUUCGUGCCCCUGACCAUCGGCGGCGGCAUCCGCGACACCGUCGACACCGACGGCACGAAAGUCUCGGCCCUCGACAUCGCCACCAUGUACUUCAAGUCCGGCGCCGACAAGGUCUCCAUCGGCUCCGACGCCGUCCUCGCCGCGGAGGAGUACUACUCCCUCGGCAGGAAGCUCUUCGGCAACACCGCCAUCGAGCAGAUCUCGCGCGCCUACGGCCGCCAGGCCGUCGUCGUCAGCGUCGACCCCAAGCGCGUCUACGUCCCCAAGCUCGACGCCACCCGCCACGCCAUCAUCAAGACCGACUUCCCCGGCCCCAAGGGCGAGCGCUUCUGCUGGUACGCCUGCACCAUCAAGGGCGGCCGCGAGACGCGCGACAUGGACGUCGUCGAGCUCGUCCAGGCCGUCGAGGCCAUGGGCGCCGGCGAGAUCCUGCUCAACUGCAUCGACAAGGACGGCACCAACAGCGGCUUCGACCUCGAGCUCAUCCGCCAGGUCAAGGCCGCCGUCAAGAUCCCCGUCAUUGCCUCCAGCGGCGCCGGCAACCCGGCCCACUUUGAGGAGGUCUUUGACAAGACCACCACCGACGCUGCCUUGGGUGCGGGCAUGUUCCACAGGGGAGAGUACACGGUGAAGCAGGUCAAGGAUUAUCUUCAGGAAAAGGGGCUGCUGGUAAGGCAGUUUGAGGGGGAUCUGUGAU